AUGGUGGUGGAGGCGGCCGCGGUGACGGUGUUGGUGCCAAUAGUGGUGUCGGAUAAGGUGGUGGUGGGACUGGUGGUGAUGACAGUGUUGGUUGUUACGUCAGUGGCAAGAGGGACCAUUAGGGUACAAGCAAGUUCUCAAAACGACAUCAACGUGCUCCAACAAUCUCCGUUAUUUCUUAGUGAGCGAAAUGGAACUGCACCAAAAUGCCCAUUUUACGUGAACAACCACUUGUACAAGCGUGGAUACUAUCUUACCGAUGGAAUAUACCCUACUUGGUCCGUGUUUGUGAAAUCAUUUCCGUAUCCUCACAUUGUGAAAGAAAAGAAGUUCAAGAGGCAACACGAGGCGGUAAGAAAAGACGUGGAGCGGGCUUUUGGUGUUUUAAAGGCAAAAUGGCAUAUACUUCAUCGCCCGAUGCGUGCUACGAACGACGGAAACGCGAUUGCACCGGUACAUAUUCGGGAUCCUCCAGUCGAGCCCGUUUUCGAAGACACUGCUUAUAAUGAGCUCAUUGAUGAAGAUACGCAUUAUAGACUAAAAUAUGAUCUUGUGGAGCAUCUUGGAGAACAAUAUUUACCCCACCUUUUAGCGGAUUCCGACGACGAAUAG